CGCUUACGACGUCUCGGCGUGUAACUGCUAGCGGUGUGUGGCAUAUCGAGGUGCCGUUUUCACACAGUAAAAGUUUAAUAUUUGUUGAUAUUUACUUUCCUUUAUCUGGAAUUACACUUUAUUGGAUACAUUAAUGUUGUAAAAACAUGUAUUUUGGAUUACCCGUUGGUCGGAACGGAAAACAACUGUGAAUAUACGAAAUAAGUGCUCUCAAAACCCGCUCGUUUUGGUUCGAAGGUCACGCCGCUAUCUACUGAACGAAGGGAACCUUAAUUUAAACGAACCUUUUUGUAUACACUUUCUUUGGAUUAUGUUUAUUUAGUGCAACCCGGUGCUCUGGGUAUAUGAACCACAGGAUGUAUCCAAACAGACACCCGUCUCAGCACCAGCCGGGUCAACCGUUCAAGUUCACAGUGGCCGAGUCAUGUGACCGCAUCAAGGAGGAGUUCAGCUUCCUUCAGGCCCAGUAUCACAGUUUAAAGAUGGAAUGUGAGAAGCUGGCCCAAGAAAAGACAGAGAUGCAGCGGCACUAUGUCAUGUACUAUGAGAUGUCCUAUGGUCUGAAUGUAGAGAUGCAUAAACAGACUGAGAUUGCGAAGCGACUAAAUGCAAUAUGUGCUCAAGUGAUUCCAUUUCUAUCUGCAGAACAUCAGCAGCAGGUAGCGGCUGCUGUGGAAAGAGCCAAACAAGUAACUAUGACCGAACUCAACGCCAUAAUAGGGCAACAGAUGCAAGCCCAGCACCUGCCCCACGCCCAUGCCCCUCCCAUACCCAUGGGUCCCCACCCUGCAGGACUUCAGCCCCCGGGCCUGCCUGUAUCCAGUGCCGGCAUGGGGUUGCUUGCUCUAGGACCCGGCUACGCCCAGCAGCAUGUUGGCUCUCUGAAGGAUGACAAAGGUUCCCCUACCAGUUCCAGUCUCAGACGGCCCAUGUACCCUUGGCCUGAAGGUGAUGAUAAACAUAGGUCCUCAGCUUCCCCUGUUGAGCGGGACAAGUACCGGCCUAGGAGUCACACACCGCCUGACGUCUCCGGGGAACCUGCAAAGAAGAGACGGCCCCAUGACAAAGAUGCGGUACGCACUUCCCCUCAGUUCUGCAGUGACAGUGACGGUGAAAAAAGUGAUACAGAUCUAGUUGUAGAUGUGGGAAAAGAAGGGGAGACAACGUCGCCAAUGAAUGGAGACCUGUCACCGCGGGAUACGCGGGAGAAGAAGAUGUCCGCGCUGGAGAACCAUAAAAAGGAGGAGAGGGACCGGGAGCGCGCCAGCCCCCGCAGUGACUCCUCCUCCACCUCCACCAAACAUAACAAGGAGAGUGAGAAGGCAGCUACACCUGUGCCCAAGUCAUCCACCCCGACCAGCUCUGGCAGUACCACCCCUGGUCCCUCGGCCUCCCUCAAACAGGGGGCCCUCAUCAAACCACCACAGAUAGGUGGCUAUCCAUUCAUCCCAGCAUCGGGUCACCCCCCUGACCUCAGCCCCGCAGCCUACUCUGCAUCCAGCCUCAACAACAUCUCACCCGGCGCCAUCAACUCCUACCCACGCGGACCUAUGGAUUUUCCUCACUCUCGACCAGCGUUAAAUGGCAACAUUCCUGGAGGAAAACCGGCUUACUCAUUCCAUGUCAGUGCCGACCGUCAAAUGCAGCCUGUGCCAUUUCCGCCGGAUGCGCUGAUCGGACCGGGAAUUCCCAGGCACGCACGGCAGAUCAACACCUUGAACCACGGCGAGGUAGUGUGCGCUGUCACCAUUAGCAAUCCCACCAGGCAUGUCUACACGGGUGGAAAGGGCUGUGUGAAGGUGUGGGAUAUCAGUCAACCAGGCAACAAGAGUCCCAUCUCACAGCUAGACUGUCUACAAAGGGACAACUAUAUCCGGUCUAUCAAACUCCUGCAGGAUGGCAGAACACUGGUUGUAGGUGGGGAGGCAAGCACACUGUCUAUAUGGGACCUGGCUGCUUCGACCCCGAGAAUCAAGGCCGAGUUGACCUCCAGUGCACCCGCCUGCUACGCCCUGGCGAUCAGUCCAGACUCCAAGGUGUGCUUCAGUUGUUGCAGUGAUGGCAACAUUGCCGUCUGGGACCUCCACAAUCAAACACUAGUCAGACAGUUCCAGGGGCACACAGACGGUGCAAGCUGUAUAGACAUCUCACCUGACGGAACAAAGCUGUGGACGGGAGGCUUAGACAACACAGUCCGAUCAUGGGAUCUCAGAGAGGGAAGGCAACUCCAGCAGCAUGAUUUUAGUUCACAGAUUUUCUCCCUUGGUUAUUGCCCAACAGGGGAAUGGCUGGCAGUAGGCAUGGAAAGCAGUCAUGUGGAGGUGUUGCACCACACAAAGCCUGACAAGUACCAGCUACACCUGCACGAGAGCUGUGUGCUCUCACUCAAGUUUGCCUACUGCGGCAAGUGGUUUGUCAGCACGGGUAAAGACAACUUGCUGAAUGCCUGGAGAACUCCAUAUGGCGCUAGCAUUUUCCAGUCAAAAGAGUCCUCUUCAGUUCUGAGUUGUGACAUUUCAACAGAUGACAAGUACAUUGUGACCGGCUCAGGAGACAAGAAGGCCACUCUAUAUGAGGUCAUAUUCUGAUCAGUGUGUCUGGAUUUACCUGUUGAGCUAAAGUGGACACAAUUUCCAGUGCUUCAUUGUACAUAUUCUCCCCACAUUACCUGGCCAAAAGGCUAUCAUGACAGUUAUUCACAUUUGUCGGAAUCCUAUCGGCAGGUGGUCUGCUUGGAUUUGCUGAAGAUAGUCGCACUGUAAACAAAAUGACACACCUUGGAACUUUGUGACAUCCAGAUGAUAUAUGUGUAUUUGUUGUGCUAUUAAAGUGGAUAUUACAUGUUGUCAGAUCGUGGCUUCAAGCAUGUACUUCGUUCAGCUUUGUACCUGUUGUAACAGAUAGGUACAAUGUCAUACUUUGUAAAAAAAAUUAUGUUUGUGUAUAUUUAUAAAUAUUUGUAUAUUUUGUACAUGUGUUUCAAGUACAAUAACGCUGUUCAAAGGUUCAUGAAGAUCCCAGCCGGCAGCUUGAUUGAAAGCAGUUAAUGACAGUGUUCCAACGUAUAUAGACAUAUUGAGCUUCUUGUGCUGCUAUAACAGCCUGGGCAACAUUUCUGUGGACAGAACUGAAUACACGACUUUCACAUAACAUUGUCCAAGUGAUUUCCAUACAAUCAUGGCCAUGUGAAUACUUGGAACAACCAUCUAAUGUACGUGUACAGUCAUAAAUGUGGAGAUGUAUAAACAGGAUUUAUAUCAGUGGAAUAAGGACACGUGGACAGCUGAAAAAAAUGUGUAUUUGGCCAUACAGGAAUAGUAAUUUGUGCAGAAGGAUAUAGACAAGUAUAAGGUGUCAUCUUGAUAUGGUUACUUAGGGAAUUCUACUUUUGUAAAGAUAUUUUGUCAUACGUACAUUGAACUAAACACUAUUAGGAAUUUGUUACCUGUUAAUUGACCCAAUUAAAUGCCAAAAUAUUUGCUUACAUAAUACACUGCAUGUUGUUAUGGUCAAGGUAGUGCAAGUAUGAAUUAAAGGAAUUCCCAUAUAAGUCAUACUUGUCGGACUGGUGGCUACUUUAUUGGAUUUUUUUUUACCCAUGUCUUGCCAAAAUGGGUCUUAUGCCAUAUGCGCCAGGGUAGCCACCCAGAUCGGUCAGGAGAUAAGUCGUCUGCUUUAAAGUUAUGUAAGGUUUUAUGGUAUUCUGAGUGGAGAGGAUAUCCCCAGAACAGACUGAGCAAUUGCGCAGGCUGGUCUGGUGCCUUGUCUGCUGCAGGUGGCUUAAGUUAGAUUUUAGCAUGACAUGGCUCUUUUGUUGCAAUGCCAUUGUAAUUUUGUACAACUUUGCGUUGUCUUGUUUGUUUUGUGACAAGUUCACACAUCUCCCAUAGCACAGACCAGUUUUCUAAUCUUAUUGUAUUGAGAAUACAAAUAGGAGUUUUUUGUUUGUUUUAUAUCAAUGUUGUUUACCUUGGGUAUUUCUUUAGUUUUUGGUAAAAAUGUAUUUGUGUGUUUGAUAGUAUGACAUGUUUGCAUUAUUCCUGUGCCAUCAUCCUGUGUUAUUUCUUAGACCGAUAUAGGCGCAAGACAACAUACUUCAGCAUUCUGGUUAUCAAGUUUGAAUACUAGUAUACAAUUAGUAAAUUCUUUAAUUCAGCUAUUUGCUGUUAUUUCGUGUGGGGCGAAUACCAAGUAAAAGUUAUCUGCCCUUAUGCGGUUACAUGAAUAUCCUAUAUAUUUAGUUGUAUGGCUAUUAAUAGAUUGGUAAAUAUCAAUUGAUUAGCAAAUUGCAAAUGCAAGAAACAUUUUUUGGAUAAAAGUGUGUGUGUGUUUAAAUGAACAUGAGUAAGUUGGAUGAAGUUCAUUAAGGAAUAAUAUUAUUUGUGAAAUCCAUGUGUAAGAUUGUUACAUUAAUAAUUUUACUGAGUGCAGUUUCAUGUGAGUACAUGCUCAUGUGUGUUAGAGUACUUGAAACUUGUGAUAAAUGUCAGUUAUAGAUGUGUUCAAACAUUGUAUGAAUGAUUAUCAAACAUUUGACUGUCUGGAACUGUGUGUCUGUAUGUAUUUAGUAAUACCGGUAAAUCACCUUCGUUGUUCAUAAAGCAUCAGUUACAGUUUUUAUUGUGUUAAUACGUUCACAUUGAAUCUUUUAUGAAAAUCAAACAUAACAGUAUAAAUAAAUAUCAUUGAUUCUAUCGCAACAGAUUUUGUUAGUGUUUCGUUGCACUCUUAUUAUAGAACCUUUUCAUGAUAUAUGUUUCAUUGCAUUUAAAAUAUAAUUAAUGUAUUUCAUAUUAAUGGAGCAUUGGAAAUGGUGGAGCAAAUUGUGCAAUGAAUAAGCAUUUAGAAUUGGAUUGAAAUCAGAUUCUCUUUUAAUAUGUCCAUCUUCAUUUAUUCAGAGAACAAUUCUUCAACAUUUUUUAAGUCAAUCAAGUAGAUUGAUUUGUUUGAUGUGAUUGAAUAACAUUACUUGCCCAUGAAUCUAAGUGUGAUUUUUUCUGUUUAAUGUUUUCAUCUAGUAUUUCAUUUAAAUUGUUAGAUUUAUGCGUACAAGAAUGUAGUUUAUCUGGAUAAAAUGCCAAUAAAAUGUAUGUUAAAACG